CCACUAAACUUUCCGCGAUUGGCAGGCUCGUAAGUCUGGAACGCGUUUACUACGCGGGCGGCAUUGAAUUGUUUUGAGUCUGCCACAAUUUUCGUGAGGAGAUCAUGCAACAUUAUGUUCGAAAGUGACGAUUGGAUCUUUCAAGAUGCUUUCAACGAGGACGAAGUCGAGGAGAAGACGAGGAGGAGAUCUCAGGCUCCGUGUCGAAACAUCGCCGAGAAAGCACCGUCUGCGAAGCGGCGUAGAGUGGACAGUUGUCAAGCUUCGCCGUCAACGACGGACAGUACUCUUGUUGGGCAAUCGGGCUGUGAUACUGUGGCGAAUGUCGAGGACAACGAUCACGUGAGAACGCCUUUCCAGAGUGUAUCGCGAACGGAUUUGUUGAGGAUCUUUCAGAACACCUCUCGAAGGGAGACAUUUGAAAAGAACUUUGCGAAAGAGAUAGAAAAUGAUCCAUCGGGGGUAGCGAGGGUACGAGGAAAGACGCGACCUCCCCAGCCUAGCGUGGAAGCCGCAGCAAAGUGUCCCAGAGUGUCCCAGCACCAAGGAUCCAGAGAAAAGACCCGCGAGUCCGCGAGCGACAGGAGACUCGCGAAAGAGGUUAAACUGAUUAGAAUAUUUCCUGGGCCAGCUGGUUUGAUACCAGACGUGAAGAGCGACGGCGGUAUCUCAGCUGCGUCCUACCUGAGCGAUGUUAAAGAAUUGGAAAAGAGCGCGACCAAGCCGCGCGGUGUCCAGAGCGUUCAGAUCAAGUCGCAGGAUGAGAAAAACUUGGUUGGAGAGAGAGCUUGGAAACUUUUGUCCAACGACCUGCCGACAAGCUUUUUGCAAGAUUACAACGUCUCUGCUGUUACAGAUAGAGCGGACGCUACUCACUGCGACAGUGCAAAAGUCAGGUUUUUCGCCGGUAUACUAGACUACAUAGACCACAGUCACGACGAUCCGUUCGUUAUAUUGAAGGAUUCGACAGGUAGCAUAGAAGGCACUAUUCACCGCGACAUCCCGCUGGCUUAUCCCGGCCUGUUAGAGCCAAACGUGGUCAUUUUUCUGCGCGAUGUAGGACUACUGAAAACUACGACGUACGUAGUGACGAAUAAAUAUCAUAUUUUAGUAUCUUUGGCCAACUUGAUAGCCGUAUAUUCGGAUAAAGGCCGGAUUGUAAGUACAUCUCUUAUGGAGAGCAUUUUAUCCCGUGCUCCAAACGCGGAAUUAAAUAGGAUUAUUCAACCGGACGAUCGUAUGCCGGUUUGCACCGCGAGGAAAUCUGGACCGCGAGAGACGGAUGAAAGUUGUGAAGCCGCACAGUUCGUGCUCGACUCGUCUGGUCGUCGACCCAGGAUCGAGGCUUGCGAGCUAACAACAAACACUCCACUGUCACGUUUGACGAGUGAAACGUACGAGACUUCGAAGGGUGACAAAGUUACGAACCAAACACUUGGACGUUUCAACGAUUCGAUAGAUCUAUCGAGUACGGACGACCUGGAUAGCAUCAACUUUGCCGACUUUGCCGACUGCGAUCCUGCAGACUUUGCAAUUCCGGAAGAGCAGGAUCGUUCGCAAUGCGUGUACAAAAGUACGAGCGAAAUUCAGCGGUGUCGUUUGCAAGAGGAGGGAAGUACGGAGCGCUUGGAAAAUGUCGAAUCGACGCAAAAUUUUCAAAGGCAUACGAAGGAGCGACGCUCCACACAAGUGCCGCGGACUUUGAACAGGUGCACCACCGAUGCAAACACUAAGAACUCCGGAAUUCGUUACUCGCGCGACAAUAAUUUCUCGUCCUACGACGACGCAGCCUGUAGAGACUCGAGUGUAAAUGAGAGAUCCACGUUACAAGUAAAACGUAACAUUGAAAACUCGAAAGCUCUAGUAAGCUACUUUACUAACGAUAACGACUCGGACGACGAGAUUUUGUCGCAGUUGGACGUAGAUAAUGUAUUUGAGCCAAAGAAAGACUGUUAAAGAGAAUUUCUUUAGCGUCUCUGUCUGUUUACGUAAAAGAAUCCUAUGCCGAGACGAACGUAGCGCGUCGCGCGAGACAGGAUUUAGAGAUUAUCGCCGUAGUGUAGUCCUUGUAUAGAUUAUAAACGGUACGUGAAGAUACAAUGAGUCGAAUUGAUUGUUACCAACAAUAAGAAUAUAUACGUUUGUAUUCCUGCCCGAGAGUGUUUGCAGAUAAAGCUGUUUGCAAGAUUA